CACAGCCAUCCUGUACGUUUUUGGUAUUCGUUGGACAUAGAUUCCACUUUUGGCACAAGUGCUGGGGAGAAGAGGCACACCCAUCCUGUUCCUUUUUGAUAUUCGUUGGACAUAGAUUCCACAUUUGGCACAAGUGCUGGUUUUUAAAAGUGUCAAAGACAUUUUGACUAAAGAUCAUUUUCAGGGAGGGGAGCAGAGGCUAAUAUAUAUAAGUGGAGAUGGUGAUGCAUACUGCUAACAACAGCAUCUGUCCCUCCACUGAUAAAGCUGACUACUGCGUCGACAACAAAGCAUGGAUGAAAAUAACAGGUCCUGCUGCGCAACCCCUUGCAGAUGUUUUCUUUGGAUUAAGUGCAGUGGUGCAGCCAGAAAUUACGGCUGCAGGAGAAGGAGAAAAGAAAGUCAAAGCUCAGGGGCAUUCUGUAAAUGUAGGUGUUUAUAAUGCACUGCGGCCAACGCCACAAGGACAAGGAGCAGAAGGAGUGAAACCACAAGCAGCAUCAAAGAUCAUCGUCAAAGGAACAGAUGGAGCUCAGAAGUGCAUUAAAGUGCUGAGAGCGUACAGGAUCAUCCUGCUGGGAGAAACCGGUGCGGGGAAAAGCACCCUUGGAAACUCCAUAUUUGGGGAGGAUGUGUUCAAACCUGGCAAGACCUCUGAAUAUCAAAUACAGUCCAAAUCUGUCCAUGAAAGAAGAAUCACUCUGUUGGACACUCCUGGUUUCUCUUAUGCCGAGGGAGAGUUGAAGGACGAGCUAGCAAGGUGUACCAGAAGAUGCACUCCUGGACCCCAUGUUUUCCUGAUUGUGCUGAAAGUGGAGAAAUCUCUUCAGCAACAGUUGGCUGUUAUUCACAAAAUCUGCCAGUGUUUCUCAGAGGAAGCAUUCAAGUAUGCUGCAGUUGUUUUUACUCAUAGUGAUCAGCUCGCAAGUGGAAUACAAAUUGAGCAGUAUAUCGAUCAGAAUCCAAGUCUUAAAGAUUUGAUUAUGAAGUGCAGUAACCGCUACCUUGUUAUUGAUUGUAAGAACGACCAAUGGGGUGACAAAACCAAGUUCCAGAUGUCACAGCUGUUCAACACAAUAGAUAAAAUAGUGACAGGACACAGAGGUGGGUGUUACACCAACACAAUGCUGCAGGCACGUAAGACAAACAAAGACAACACAAAAUCAGGUGACUCAACACAAUCAAAUGACAACAGAGGUAACACUAAUGCGUGCAACAGUGUGUGGAUUAACUUCUCGGGCCCAGAGGGAAAAUUGGUGACAGAAGCUUUGUUUGGAUCAGCUGUCGCAAUUUCCCCAAGAGGGCCAGUAAUCCCUAAGACUAAAGCAAAGGAAGAAUCUAAAACAGAUAAAGAUAAGGUACCAGACAGGGACUCCAAAGCAGAAAAAGAAGAAGCACCCAAUAAUGAGGAGUCUGUGGCAGACCCAGGAAAGGCAGUAGAGGAAAGUGAGAUGCCAAAAAAAACAGUAAAACAAGGAAGAGGCGGUGGCUCUGAUGGAAAUAAGUUUUUCACGGUGCUUGGAGCAGCAUUGGCAGGGAUAGGAGCAGUUAUAGCAUCAUUGUGGUUGGGGUUAUCAGCUACAGCAGGUGUAAUAGCAUGGACAGGAGCAGUUAUAGCAUCAUCAGUGUUGGGGUCAUUAGUUCCAGCAGGUGUAACUGUGUUGGCAGGAGUUUUAAGAGGAGUCGCUAUAGCAGUAGAUGCAAUAAUAGUCACAGCCCUAGGAUUGGUGGCAGCAGCAGUUGCAUGGGUAGUAGCAAAGAUCAAAAAGAUAAUUUGUCUACUAAUCCACCUUCGUGAAAUCAUCAAAGAGAACAUUGGAAUUGUUAUACUGGUUGUUGCUUUCUACUUCCUGCUUUUGCUAACAUUCCUCUCCAGAGUACUGAUGGUUGGAACCCUUCUCCUGUCAUGUGGAAUCUUGGUUAUGUUUUUGAUCAUAAUGUUGUUACUCAUUACCAUUAUGUAAUCAUAACACUUUGUGAAACUGUAUCAAGUUUUAAUGUUUGUAUAGUUUAGUUACUGAAACCAAAAUACAUAAACAUGGAGAUGCAAUUGUUGUGCAUUUUAAGAUCAGGUGUUAUUGUUUUUUAAUGCAAGUUAAAAAUUAAAAAAAUUAUGUGUGCAACGUGAGCGGGGUUCUUCAUAACUAUAACCUUCGUUAGAGUUGCUUAUUUUAUAGACCAAAUAAGCGACUUUUCAAAAACAAGGCCAAAAAUGUGCAAACUGUGACUCACAAAAUGUAUAAGUGACCUCUGAAAAAACAAAAUAAGCACAAAGUUUCCUAUAAUAAGCGAAUUUGGCUACACUGUCUGUCACUCAUCUUUAUAGGGUAUAUUGCACUUUCAUAUAUGACAAUAUGACAACUAUUAGCAGGUAGUGGAUUAAUUUGUAGCCGAGUGUCAAAGAGACAGAUGCUGCUGUUGUUAGCACAUUUGCCUUGAGAAGGACCUGGGUUCAAAUCCUGGCCUGAGGGCUUUCAAAAGGAAAUGUGCAUGCCUUUUGUCUGCUUGCAAUGGUUCUCUCCAGGUACUCCGGCUUUCUCCCACAGUUUUGCCCUUUAUUGCCUUUAGGUAUGAAUGCGAGUGUGCAUGAGGUUAGAGUUGAGUGAGAGAUUGUAAUGCAAUUGGAGAAAGUGUUUGGGCAAUAAAUCAAUCGUAAUAUUUUAUCUAGCAACAGAAAAUGGCAAUAACAUUAGCUACUUUUACACGGACAAAAGUAAUCGGGGAUGUAAGCAAGCCAAUGGGAAUAUUAUGAUAGGAUCAAGCUUAAUCGGGUUUUGUACAGUAACAUUUGAUGCAGCGAAUUUAGAUGCAAAAAGAAAAAAAAAUUUGGUAUCAUUAUAUAUGGUGUGAAGGUUCUUUUGUUUAACAGGCUGAUGCUAAGCUACCCUAAAUAAGUCUUACUGUUCUACAAUCAAUGUUUUAAGUAGCAAAUGUUGUGAAGGUUUAGAAUUGUUCAGAAUCAUUAUCGCCACUUUUGUUUUUCCUCAGCUUUUGUUUCAGUAUAAUAAAUGUGUGCGCAUUUAUUCAUGUAUUUAUCAUGUAUGUUUUCCUUUUCCCUACAAGCUAAAAUAAACAGUGAUAUCUUUUUUGUUUGUGUGUGUGGUGGGAGGGUUAACCAAAGAGUCACAUUUCUAACAGGAUAAAGAAAAAACAUCCUUAGUAGAGCUUGUGUUUUAUAGAACAUUGUUUCAUAUAUCAGCACUGUUACUGCUUUUGUCUUAGUGGAAAAUAAAUAUUUACAGAUCUGACACCAGUUUUG